AUGUCAUCGCAGGCCGGGCCAUCGGGCUCGUCGAGCAACCUUAAGACCUCAAAGCUGUCGCCGGUCGUUCUCGAUACUCAUUCUUCCUCAGGGAUAGGCAGCAACAUCAGCCUACAUCCUCUUCCAAUCCUCAACAUCUCCGAGCACUUGGUGCGAACGAGACUACAGAGCAAAGAUGCCCAGCUGACGGUCUACGGCGUCCUGCUCGGGACACAGCAGGGUCGAGACAUCGAGAUUCAGAAUUCGUUCGAGCUCCAGCUAGAUCCACCCUCGUCACCCACAUCGGCUCCGGCGAUCAAUCACACCUUCCUCAAAGCACGCCAGGGCCUGUAUAAGCAGGUGUUUCCCACUCUCGACCUGCUCGGCUGGUACACGAUCGGCGAGAUCCCCACAUCGCAAGAUCUCGAAGUCCACAAGCAGCUGCUGGCGUACAACGAAACGCCGCUUCUUGUUCAGCUUCAUCAGACGGUCUCAUCCUUCGAGAAUGCAGAGGUGAAUGGAGAGCUUCCGAUCAGAGUCUAUGAAUCGGUCACAGAGCUGGUCCAGGGUGAGACCACCAACUUCUUCGUACCGGCUGGAUAUAAGAUCGAGACGGGCGAGGCAGAACGCAUCGCGGUAGACCACGCAAGCAAAGCUGGUGCCGAGUCUGGAGGUGAUCAUGAGAGUACCAUGCUGGCUGGCAUGCAAGCGCAACACAGCGCAAUCAGCAAGCUCAACGACCGAAUCCGACAGGUCCUCACAUAUCUACAAGCGGUCAAGGACGGAUCCGCGUCUUGGGACCACGAAGCGUUGCGGCAGGUUCAGACGGUUGUUGCCAACCUGCCACAGACGGUGCUGCCGGAACUCAAGGUGGAGCUUCUACGGGAACACAACGACGUCCUCCUGACCAACUACCUUUCGGUACUCACGGAGAGCCUGCAUACGAUGAACGAGCUGACGGACAAGUUCGAGGUGGUCCAGGCCGGUGGCAAGGAAGACACGGGCGAAGGAGGGAUGCUGGGCAAGUCGGCCUCUGGUGCUUCACGAAGACGAGGCGGAGGCGGAGAACGGGGUGCUGCUCUUCGAUCUGUGUAUACCUGA